UUUAGAAGCUUACUUGCCUUAGUAUUGUAAUUUCAUUGACAGUUUGUUCGAUUUUAUUCUUAUUAAUUACUAAUCUGAACUAAACAUGGAAACUGAAAAUAUUGACAUGAUGGAGGAUGGAGAAGUUGACGAAACCAACGAGGUGGAUUUUAAGCGAGAAAGGAAAGUUUCAGAAAGCAUAAGGAACUCAUUUUCUUCAUUAGAUGAAGAAAAACUUAAGAAACGAGCUGAAAGAUUUGGAAUUGACCCUGAUUCAACAAAAGUGGCACCAGUUACAAAAGAACAAAUGAAAGAAUUAUAUGAAAGCUUGGAAAUACCAGCUGAAGAAAUAAAAAAUAUUUUGGAAUCUGACAUGUCUGAACCUGGUACUCAUGUAUUAAAUCAUCGAUUUGAAGCUAUUCACUUAAGAGGAACAGAAGACAUGAACACUCAGAACGUCUUUGAUUAUUUCAAGGGAUAUGCUCCUGCCUCUAUUGAAUGGAUUAAUGAUUAUUCAUGUAAUGUAGUGUGGUUAGAGCCUUGGCAAGCAGCUCGAGCAAUCCUUGAGCGUUCGAGUCGAAAUGUAGUUGUCCAACCCACAAAAAGUAACGUUGAAGGGGAAGAAAUGGACCACGAAGAGUCAGUUAGUGAGCCUGCUCUUCCCAUUCCAACACCACCUGGGAUUUGGCGAUUGGGCUUUGAGUAUCAGUAUGCUAAAGCUUUAAUUAUGCGUUUCGCCACGAGAGCAGAUCGCAAAAUAAAAGGGGCUGAACGAUUAAGUCAGUACUAUCGUAAUCAUGGGAAUCCCAACUACGGUGGGUUGGCGGGUCUCAUCAGUUCCUCUCGGAAACGACGCUUCCAUGGCAAACCCGAUCCUACAGAGCAGGUUGACUCAAAAAAUCCUUGGGGAUCACUUGCUGAAGCAUGGGGAGCCAGUGAACCUGCUGAACCAUGGGAAGCCAGUGAGCCUGCUGAAAAUUGGGAGCGAAGACCUGAAGGAAAACGUCCUAUUGGAACCGGUUUGCCUUCCGCUCUGGUGCGACGUUUAGGUCAUCAACCUCCCCGCCCAUCUCCUUCCCGAUCACGAGACACAGAAUCUGAUGCGUCUGAUAGUUGGGAUACGACAGAUAGCGAAUCUGGAUCGUGUAGCAGCCAGAGUUCAAAUCAAGAGGUUGGUCGUAGCAAGAAAAAAAGAAUUCGGAUGCGAAUGUAUGCUGACGAAGAGGAAGAAAGAAACAGAAGAAAAAAUCUACACGCAAGGCUUGCUGACCCCCACCCAGAAAAGAACGGUCUAUCUGGCAAGGCCCGCACUUCUAGACCAGUACACACUCGACUUGGCCCAAACGUCGAUGUCUUGCCGGCGGCCAUGCCCAUUUCCACGCGUAGUGAUUUACGUCAACGACUUGGAUCGUCUGCUCCCAAAAGUCCAGUUGAUUCAGUUUUACUCCGUGGAACGCUUAUAUCUGCCGACCAAGAAGGACCACAUUUGGAAAACGCCAAGAUUGAUUUGAGAAGCAAAUUACAAAGCAGGCUUGGAUCUAAAUGAAGAUGAUCAACCAGCUGUCUAUUGUGUCAAACUCGUUAUAAUCCAAUUUUUAAAAUCUGGCCCCAUUUUUGCAAACAUCGAUUUUCAUGAAUUAAACUUGGUUUAUUCGGAUUACUAUUGGAAGCAAUAUAACAUGAGUAAAGUGUUGAAAUUAAA